GUCUCAAACCGGGAGAGUUGUUUUUGUUGUCAGGAAGCCCCUUAUUUCAGCAAGAUAAAGGAAGUUUUGUAGAUUGAAGGACAACAAUUCCUAUUCGUUUCGAAAACAAUUGUCACUCUACUAACCGGCUUUGCUACCUAAACAAGGGUUUGGACUGGAAAAAAAUACACUCCGUGACACAACCAGACAGCAACCCAUAAUUCACCAACCCAUCAUUCACCACCCCAGACCCGCCUUUUUGUGACGGGUUGUAUGAUUGAUCCGACCUCUUGCCGUCAUGGCGAUGGAUGAAAGCGCGCGGAGCUGUCUGCUACGUUCACGCUCCACUCUGGAGCAGGACAUCAAGGCCACCUACUUGAUGGAUCACAUGAUCAGUGAUGGCGUGUUGACUGGAGAUGAGGAGGAUAUCAUCAGAAGCAAGCCCACCAGAAAGGAGCAGGCUGUAUAUUUGUUGGAGCUGCUUUUGAGGAAGGAUAACCGCACCUACAUCUCUUUCUACAAUGCCCUGGUCAGGGAGAGCUAUGGAGAUCUGGCCGGUCUGCUACACAACAGUCUACCCCUCAUCUCCCCUGAGGCCGAAAAGAGCUUCUCUGAUGGGGGGACACCUCAUGUCCAGACAGUUCUGAGCGAGGGCGGGGUGCCCCAGAGGCCUGUAGUGUUUGUAGUCCGGCAGGAGCUGGUGAACCAGGUGAAGGAGAAGCUCUGGCGCCUCAACAAAGAGUCUGGGUGGGUCACAGUAUAUGGCAUGGCCGGAUCUGGCAAGUCUGUCCUGGCUGCUGAGGCCGUCCGUGACCACGCUCUCAUCACCGAGUGUUUUCCCGGAGGGGUCCACUGGUUGUCCAUCGGCCAGCUGGACCGAGCGGACCUCCUGGUGCGCAUGCAAUCUCUGUGUUUCCGUUUGGAGCAGGACCUCCAGUCGGUUUCGCGUGCCCCCAGCUCUCUGGACGAGGCCAAGGAGCGCCUUCGCUUCCUCAUGCUCCGCCGGUACCCUCGGACUCUGCUGAUACUUGAUGACAUCUGGGACCCUUUGGUCCUCAAGGCUUUUGACAUACAAUGUCGGGUGCUUCUGACCACUCGAGACAGAAGCCUAGCCGACUCCGUCAGUGGUGGCAGGCAUGAGGUGCAAGUAGAGAGUGGUCUUGAUGAAGACAAAGCCUUGGAGAUCCUGUCCCUCUAUGUCAACAACAAAGUCCAGCGACUGCCAGAACAGGCCCGCAGCAUCGUCCGAGAGUGCAAAGGUUCUCCCCUGGUGGUGUCCCUGAUCGGCGCACUGCUGAGGGAGUUCCCCGACCGCUGGGUCUACUACCUGCGGCAGCUGCAGCAGAAGCAGUUCAAGCGCAUCAGGAAGUCAUCCUCCUACGACUAUGAUGCCCUGGAUCAGGCCAUGGCCGCCAGCAUCCAGGUGCUGCCAGAAGAACACAGCACGCUCUACAAGGACCUCACCGUCCUUGAGAAGGACGUCAAAGUGCCUGCCAAGGUUCUGUCGAUUAUGUGGGGCCUGGAAACAGAGGAGGCAGAGGAUGUGCUGCAGGAGUUUGUGAACAAAUCCCUCCUGUUCCGAGAUUGUCACCACCGGCCCUACCGCUACUACCUCCAUGACCUCCAGCUGGACUUCCUGGCUGAACAAAACCGUUCUCAGAUAGAAAACCUUCACUCCAAGGUGGUGCGUCAAUACCAGCAGUAUUACAAGCAGUCUCCUCCCACCUCAGAAGAUGAGUGUUCCUAUUGGUUCCGAUUCCUCCCGUACCACAUGGCCAAAGCUAACCUCACGCAGGAGCUGUACUCUCUCAUGUUCUCCUUGGACUGGGUCAGAACUAAGGCUUGCAACAUGGGCCCUGCCCACCUCAUCAAUGACUAUGUGGAGUACGGAGACAUACUGGACAAGGAGAGCAGCGAGGUGCGCAGCCAGUUCCAAGAGUUCCUGUCCCUGAACGGCCACCAGCUGGAACAGCGACCAUUCCCUGAUGUGGUGCAGCUGGCGCUGUCCCAGCCAGACUCCUCCGAGGUGUACAAGCAGGCCCUGCUGCAGGCACAAGAGGGGGCCAGCAGGGGGAGACUCUACUUCGACUGGCAGAACAAGAGCAGCCUGGAGAGUCUGUCUCGUCUCAUAGUCCAGCCUCACCAGGGCUCCCUCUACCAUGCCUGCUUCUCUCACGAUGGUGCCAAGAUAGCCUCCUGUGGUGCUAGCUCCAAACUGCGGGUGUUCAAGAGCAACACCGGGGAGAAGCUACUGGAGUUCCAGGCCCAUGACGACGACAUCAUGUGCUGUGCCUUCUCCCCUGAUGACCGCCUUCUAGCAACCUGCUCCAGUGACAGGAAAGUCAAGGUGUGGAACGUGGAGCGUGGGACUCUGAUGAGGGUGUUUGAGGACGAGCACGAGGAGCAGGUCAACCACUGUCAGUUCACCAACACACCACGCCGCCUCCUACUGGCCACCUGCUCCAACGACAAGUUCAUGAACACCAAGUUGUGGAACCUCAAUAAGCCCUCCUCCCAGAACACCAUGUUCGGUCACCUGGAGCCUGUCAAUCACUGCUGCUUCUCCCCCAACGACACCUACCUGUCCACAUCGUCCAGCGACGGCACGCUCAAGCUGUGGGAGGUGUCCUCAGCCAACGAAUGGAAAAGUAUCGACGUCCAGGGUUUGUUCCCCGAGCAGAGCGAUGGAGAGCAGGCUGAGGUCGUCGUCAAGUGCAGCUCCUGGUCGGCCAACGGCGAACGCAUCAUAUGCGCUGCCAAGAACACCGUCUUUGUGUUUGAGGUGCAGACGGCGGCCAUGUUGUUGGAGAUCCGGGCCAGUCGUCUGAGCACGGUCCAGUACUGCCAUGCCUGUCCCAGCAGCAACCUAGUGGCCAUAGCGCUGUCACACUAUACCGUGGAGCUAUGGGACAUUGAAAGUAACAGGAAGAUGGCUGACUGUAGUGGUCAUCUGAGUUGGGUCCACUGUGUCCAGUUCUCUCCUGAAGGAUCUCGACUACUCUCCUGUUCGGAUGACCAAACAUUCAGGCUCUGGGAGACUGCCAAAGUGCACACCACCUCGGCUGUGUGCCUGAAGAGGGACUCUGACGUCCUGUUCAGCGACGGCGACAUCUCCGUAGCGGCCGCCGACAACCGCAACAGACUGCAGGUGCGGAAUGGCCAAACAGGAGUGGUGCUGUUUCAGUCGGAGGAGCAGGAGUCUCGUAUUCGCUGUACCUGCUUAUGCAGUCAGUCCUCUGCUGUGGCACUGGGACGAGAGGAUGGCAAUGUCCAGGCAGGGAUGACGGCUAGGCAGGUACUGAGGACCAUUGGCUGGAGGACUCUACAACUGUUGACCCCUCACAGGGGACUAGUGCUGGCGCUAGGGUUAGAGACAGGCAGGAUUCAGGUGGUGGAGCUUCCGUCGGGCGCCCUCUUGGCCAGUCUGCCGGGCCACACCAAGACCGUGCUGCACUGCCAGUUCUCCCGAGACGGAAACACGCUCAUCUCCUCCUCCGAGGACGGCACCAUACGGGUACAGGCCUCAUUCUCUCUCUUUCUCUUCCCUCCUUUCUGUCAUCGCUCGCUCACUCGACAAGCACGUGUGUUGGCUUUUGGUCCAUCUAUUACUACACAAUGCCUCAGUUUUUACACUGGAACCUACAUGUACGCCAGGGUGUGGGACAUUGAAACAGGCGAGAAGCUGCGUGACGUCGCGUGCCACGGGGGCGCCGUCCUGGCCUGCGACGUGUCCCAAGACGGACGCCUUUUUGUCACGACCUCCGCCGACAAGACCGCCAAGGUGUGGAGCUGUGCAUCAUGGGAUUGCAUGCACCUGCUGACUGGCCACCAGGACUGCGUCCGCAGCUGCCGGUUCUCCUGGGACGGCCGGCGCCUCGCCACGGGAGACGAUGACGGCGAGAUACGGCUCUGGAACGUGACGAACGGCUCCUUGCUGAAGAUCUGUUCCGCCGUCAACAAGGACGCCAUGGACUCUCUCCACGGCGGCUGGGUGACGGACCUGCACUUCUCCCCCGACGACGCCGUGUUGGUGUCCACCGGGGGGUACGUUAAGUGGUGGGAUGUGGAGAAGGGGGAGGCCCUACAGACCUUCUACCCCACAGGAGCCAAUCUGAAGAGGAUCCAUGUGUCACCUGACUUCUCUACCUUUGUAACCAUUGACAACAUCGGAAUCCUCUACAUUCUGAAGAAGGUGGAGUGAGGAAGCAAAAUGGCUUCCUUUGAACUUUCCUCUUUCUGUAGCAAUAUAAAUCAUUCUAAUCAACAGUGAUUGGCCACAACCACCAUUUUGCCUUUACGUGGCCUGUAUUGGUUGAAUGAAAAGGGGAGGAGACAAGGGCUGGUGGUGUUGCCUUGAUUAGAACUUGCUAUUUGAAAUCCUUUCAUAUACUCAGUAUGAAACAGCCAGGAGGGUGUUUUUUUCAAUAUGGAUGGAAACAGCUUUAGUUAGCAUCAAUCCAGACAAUAACAAUCCAGCACAGAUAAGUAUCUGUAUUUCCCAGUAAAUGUCAGGUCUGUGUUGGAUGCCUGAAUUGAACAGAUAAGAAGGGGUGUUUCCUAAAUCAGAAGCACUUCCUGUGAAAAAGCCCUUAAUCCAAAUGCUACACGCCUUGCAAAGACUUUCAAUAGUCACAUACUGGCAUGUUAUUAGGGUUCUAAUGAGACACUGCUCAUAGUACAUAUGCUGGCACUACUGAUUGAAAAUGCAUUUGAUUCUUACUGCACUGGGGUUAAUGUUAUUGCAUGUGAUUUUCAACAAUAUUUCAAUCAAAACUUGUCUGUUAUUUUGUCAGUGAGCUCAUAAGGAUGCCUUAUGUUAUCAUUUAUUUAUUGUGAGAAAAUGUGAAUGUACCCAAUGCUUCACUUUGCUGUGUAAAUCGAGUCUCGAUUCAUAUAUUGUGGAUUUUGUACAAUUUCUGUCUUUUUUUUUUUUUUAUCUUAAAGAGAACAAUCUUUAGCCUGUGGUGGUGUGUGCAUAACAUUUAGACUUUGGUGGCCUUAAGGUGAAUGUGGCAGAGAAAUUGGGUGCAUAUCUACAAACGGUAGGGGUACAAAGGAAUGGUAGGGCUACAAAGGGCUGGUAGGGCUACAAAGGGUGCAAAUAUUUAGACCAGUUGGUGCUUCUGACUCACAUCAGGGAACCCUCCAAUAUUUAAUUAAUAUGGUGGCAGUAACUAAGUAAUAAAAAUGACACUAUAUUAAUUUGUGCAAUAUUUUACAAAACCUUUGAAUAAGGCCUAUUUUGAGAUAAUUAGUGACACAAUACAAAUAGUCUGUUAUUUCUGAGGGCCGAAAUAGUUUCAUAUACCAAUCCUCACAAUUGAGCCAAGUACGUUUUGGGGAUAUACCACUCUUUAAUAUAUGUUUACAUGUUUUUUGGGGGGGGAAGUAACACCUGCUGAACUAGCAGUUUUUCUAAUUCCAAUACAUUGAAAACACACACAUCCUCUCAUCCGUCAUCUGCCCUCCUUCAGGUAAUGACUAAUUACCUAUUUACUAAUAACUACUCAUUAUGAAUGAGUGAAAGUUUUUUGUUCCGUUACAUAUAGCUUCAUCACCUGCCAUUUCUGGAAGAAAGCAAGGUAAUGCAAUGUCCUUUUGGGAUGAAUCUGUGAUGUCAGAAGGAGUUCUUUCCUAGUGAUGCUUUUCGUUCAUGUCAAUCUAGAGUAUCAAACAAUCAAUCAUAUAAGGGAGUUCUCUGUCAAAAAAAUUUUUUAAAUGCAGGAGUUUGUCCAGGGUGUGAAUAUUGUGUAAUGGUUUGGUGCUUUGUGCAUGGUGCAUGUCAUUUCUAAAAAUUUAAUAAAAUAAUUUAAUGAUG